ACCUAAUAGGCUUAAAGUUCCACUUGCCAUCCACAUCUGUCGAGACACAAGCAAAACACAGGCUCAUAAUCCACGCGCCUAGGUGCUUUGGAAUUGUCCCACUUCUCACUACCAGCAGAAAGUUUGAAACUUCGAAGGACACAGAUGACAGACACCAUUCCUGCUUCACAGUGGGACCAAGAAGGUGAGGAAAGCUGGUUCCAUAUCUAGGACUUUGCACCAUGGACUUCAAAGGACUCUUAGAAUUGCCUGCGUGGACCAGUAAGACUGCCUCUGGGCUCCUGUGUCUGAGAUGAUUCUCAGAAAGCUGUGAAGGCUGUGGGUGGACAUCAUGGGCUGCACACCUUCACACAGCGACAUUGUACACAGCGUUGCAAGGAGCGGCAUUCAGUUUUUGAAAAAGCCCAAAGCAGUUCUACCAGGACAUCAGGGGAGCGGUAAAAGGGCUUCUGUCCCUUUGCUGGUGAAAAGUUCUACCUGUUAUGAUGCUGUGGGGAGUCUUCCCCAGGGACGGAGGCUGGCAGAGGAGUCACCAAGUUCCAAGAGGGCUCAAACUGUGACUGAAGGUCUUUGUCAGCUCAUGGGAGAUAUGGAAGGACUGAUGCCAGAGACCCAAACCUGCCACAUGGCUGAGGACAUCCCAUUCAGUACACCAGGCUCUCAUGGGCCCCGAGAAGCAGCGUUUCCUGGGAAAGAGAGCUCACCUAAUGUUACCCCAGAGACCUCCAAACCAGGCCACUGCUACCAAACCAUCCUUUCUACUCCUGGGUCUACAGGCAAAGUGGACUUCCCUGACCCCCUAGUAAAGGCUCACCAGCGUGCUUACACCUACCUGCACUCCAGCCUCUCCAGGUACGAAGCCAUCGUGUGCCUCAUCCAUCAGGCCACCCAGACCCGGGAGCUGCUGCAGCCCAUGCUCCAUUUCCUGCUGCUGUGCUUUGAGGAGGUUAGCCAGCUCUUGGGAGAGAUCUCUAGGGAUGGAGAAGUGCUCCUCCAGGAGGUUAGGGACAAUCUGGUUUGGCCACCGAGGAAAGGAGAGGCCCAGGAACAGCCAGACCUCCUGCAACAGCUUCUGCAGUACACGGUCAGCAAGCUACAGGCACUCCAUGGCACAGUGGCCACCCUCACUGGCAGCCUCCUGGAGGGCUCUAGCGGCUACCUCCACUCCACUGCAAGCCACUUGGAAAAGAAGCUGAGCAGGAAGAGAGGUGUGGAGGAAUGCCUGCUAAGGACACUGGGGCAGCUAGAGAGCUUCGCAAGUGGCCAUGGUGACCCUGGGCUGCACGAUCUACCCUUGUGCUCUGAGGACAGUGGCAUUGGUGCUGACAAUGAGUCCGUGCAAUCCAUGGACAAGCUAGGGAAGCAAGCCAGCUGGGACUUCGCACCAGAGCAUGUAGAAUGGAAGUUGGGGACUUCACCCCAGAUGGAGACCAGUUUGUCAGGACAGGCCUGGCAGCAAGGUAUAAUCUGGACAGGUCCACACAGAGCCCAUGACUGCCCACUGUCAAAGCCCCUCAUGACAAAGAUCCAGCCCAUAAUGCAGGGUGAAGCGGGGAGGCCAUGCCACUCCAGCACAGAUGCAGAAACAACCACCUCCUGGCCUUCGGCAGGAGACAAGAGCAGGCCAUGUGAUCCCCUGGGGAUUGCAGCCCCCACAAAAGCACAUCUUCCUAAAAGCUCCAGGCUGAUGGCGACUUUAUCCUUCAGUGCAGGUGAGGACAGCAGCCCAGAGGAGGAGGACAAUGAGGUUAGCAGCAUGAGUCUGUGCACAGGGCAGGACAGAGCUCCGUGUUCAAGGCCACGGUCUUCACCUGCUGACAGAGAAAGCCUCUUGCAGCCAUGCUCCAGGAAGCUUAGGAGCCCCCAGGCCCGGGAGAUGAUUCUGAAAAUGAAGGAAGCCAUCAGUGAAAGGAUCAAGUUUGUGCCUGUCCCUGCUGGACAUCAAGACUGGGCUGAGGAAGAGGAGGGGAGGACAAUGAUCCCACACAGACCUAGCACAGUCAGCGGCGGGAGGAGGGCCCUGGAGAGGCAGAGGAGGUCCCAGUCAGAGGGGUGUCUUAAGAGCUACGAGGAGGACCCUACCCUCCAGGAACUGCAGAGGGUCCAGAGAGAUCUCAGUCAGAGGCUGGAGGUGUUUUAUGCGUUGGAGGCCAAAAGACAGGGGCAGACUCAGCAGCCCAGGGCAGCAGCUCUGUGGGCCACCAGCAAGUGCAGGGUGAGUCCCAACAGCACCAUCCACAAGCUCAAGGCAUCCCUCUCCAAGGACUUCAGCAUCCUGCCCAGCCAGGACAAGAACAUCUGGCAGAGAUGUAGUCUGCACCCUGAAAGCGAACAGCCCCAGCAGGGAAACGCUGAGAAGCUACGUGGCACCAUCCCAUUGGCUGAAAAGGAUCAUGAGGCCUCCAAAGCCAAGGACUGCAUUGUACCGGGCUGUCCCACCAGAACAUCCGUCAAAAAACUUAUUGAAACUUUCAGUCCCACUGAGAGCUUGAGGACACCAGGGGAUACUAAGAACUCGGGGUCCAGCCCCAGUCUCAGGAAGUGGGGAGUCCCCAUCAUGCCUCCCAGAUUUCCCAUUUACAGGGGGCUUGCUCCAUUGUAUGCCAAGCCCCAAAUCUCUCCAGCAGUAGGCAGCAACUAUUUCAAAGCAGGGGCAGGCUGGAGGCCCUUGGCGCCUGUCUCUCCUCCUUUGCCUGCAGCAGGAGUGUCUAGGUGUGAGGAUGCACUUUAUGAAACAGAGGGGGACUCAGAGCAUCUCCCUCCACCGCCUCUGGAAAUCCUGAUAGACAAAUCAUUCACUUCUCUGGAGCCCCUAGAAAGCAGCAAUCCAGCAGGAAGCUCCCCUGAAGGGACCCCAGCACCAGGGCUGGGGGGACCUGGUCCUGCCUCAGGAACAUGGGCUUCCCCAAAGCUGAGAGCUUCCAUGAGCCCCCUUGACCUGCUGCCCAGCAAGUGCACUGCCACCCCCACCACACUGCGCAGCACGGGGCUGGGGGGCACCAAGAGAGGCAGCAGUCCCAGAAAGCCAGUCUCGGAUCCCCGUCUCCCGCCGGCAGCCUGCCCAGACUCAGGGCGGGAGAGCAGGGCUCAGAGUCAGGCACAAGCUGCAAAGGCCACAAGCACCUCCAAGCAACCCCGGAAGGCAGUUGUCUGCCAUCACACCAGCCUUACAUCUGGGCAAAGCAAGACCUCGGUCCCCAACCUGGCAAGACCCACAAGAGGAGCUCACUCUGCACAGCCCCCCAGGUUGAGCCGGGAGAGAAGCCCCCCGGUGAUCAGAAAGGCCUCACCCACAAAGGCACACUGGGCGCCUCACGCAGACAAGAGACUGCAUGGCCUGUCCUCCUCCCGUGGCCUGGCCCAGCCAAGUCUCCCCACGGUGAUCAGCUCCCCCAGCCCACCACUCAGCCCUGGAGCUCCCAGCCCACCAGUGAACCCCAAGGUGCCAAGUCCACCACCAGCAAAGAAGGGACCUUCAGCCUCCGAACCCAAGUCUCCCAGCUUGCACCCAGGGAGCCCUCCUGCCCAGCUCACAGAAGCAAGCUCCUCUUCCCCUGUUUCUUCCUUGUCCCCCGCAGUGUCCACAUCUCAGGGGCAGAGGGACACGAGAGACUCUGAAGACAGCCAAGCCCCCUCAGCCAAGCAGCAGCAGCGAGGACGGUUCCAAGCAGGAUGUGGCAGCAGGACGGAGCAGCCCCUGUGCCCUAGAUCUGUUAACAGAACAAGCAGCUCCCCCAGGGCUCUGCGUGCUUGGUCAUGGGCUGCAGCCAGAGGCCCGCAUCGGCCGCGCCCAGGACAAAUCUCAGCCGGAGGAACAGCCCCAACACAAGGAGAUGACUCCAGUCACCCCCAGCAGACACAAGGUGACAGCGAAGGACCUGUACUGCCCCUAGAUGGCAAAAAAACUGACCCCCAAAAGGAAUCCUGGAAUGGCCUUGAAGAAGUACCCCUGCUCUGUGCUAAACUUUACAUAGUGGCAGUUUUCAGUUCCAAAUCCUGCUUUGCCUUGGGGCUCAGAGAUUAACCAAAACAUUAGAUCCCACAGUGACACUUUUUAAUCCUUCAAAGGCUAUCCUUAAUUUAGGAGAGGAAUAUAGCUUACACUCAGUGGGCCAGAUAUUCUACAUGGUAACCAUGAAAUCACUUAACCCCAUCACAGUGAAUGAAGUAAAUAGCAUUCUCCCAUUUUGCAAAUCAGAAAACCAAAGGUACCAGGGGAGGCUUCCUCAGGCAUCUUGUCAGAGUCACACAGGAGAAGAGAGGAUAGUUUGGCGCAGACGUGACUGGCCCUAACGUCUCCACUGUGUCAUUACAUUCCCUGUGCCUCGUUCCUCCACCGUCCCACCUGCCUGCCGCACACACAGUCCCACAGAGGGUGGGAAAGCUUUGUUUUUAGAAGCCUGAGGGAUGACAGGAUACCAAAGUCCCAUUAAGAGCUUUGUUGAUGAAGCUAAGCACUCCUGACACAAGGUGGCUUGGUGGAUGAGAACACACAGCCCACGCACUCUCCACUCCUGCAUCCAGAGCUCAGCCCCAGUGCCAUCAAUCUAGAGCUUUCGGCUCCCAGCGACAGCCACGCUGCUCUUGGCCUCAGCGCGAGUCAAAUGCUCUUGCCGCCCAACACACCCACAUGACCAAGCUUGCCAAACAAGGCGCCUAUUCUCUGCACCAGGUGGGGUCUGGAGCUUGCGAGACCAAGUGGGUGAGGCUCACACACUGGUGUGUCUGUCUCUCCCUGAGGCUUCUUGGCCAAGUUUAUUCCCAGGUCAUCUGUAAAACUUCUAGGGGUGCUCAAAGGAAAGGAGCAAACAGUGGCUCACGCCAGAAACCUGCUUCUGCCAGCGAGCUAGAUAUUUGCUGCAGAUCUUGGAAUUUUUCCAUCCGAGGCUGUGGAGUACUUUUUAUUUAGAAAAAAAUUUCAAUAAUCGGGCAAUUCAAUGCCAGCUCAGUGGGUUGUCAAAGACAAGAAUUCUCACCCACGGGUACAGCUAAGGGGCAGCCCUCCAGAUCCACUGCAAAGCUGAUUUUUUAAAUUUGUGGAAAUUAUAGACCUCCAAUCCUUUCUUGUUGAAAUAGAUCAUGGGCUAAAGAACAUGUUAGCCUGGGUCCUAGGGACUCCAGCUAGCUUCCCACAGGGACAGGCAAUGAAUAAAUAAAUCUCAUUUGACUUGUCCAGUUAUUAAUAUGGGGGUGACCAGGCUUAUCUCUCUAAAGGACCGAUGAUUAUAUUACCCAAAAGGGCUAUACUCGUCCUCUAUAUUGGAAAAUGUCUGUGCAUGGUCAGCUCUUUGCUCGUGUGGCUGCAUUAAUCUGAAAGCUCUGCUCAGGACACAGCCAGAACAAGCUGGGCUGAUGCCUGGGAACCUCCUGGGCUGCAGGCGAUGGGAGUGGCUGAGGAAAAGCAAGUGCUGAGAAGAAAGGAGGUUCAGGAAACCUGCUUGCUGUGGGGCUGGGCCAUCCCUAAAUGGCUGGGCAGGUAGUGUGGGUGAGCCUGGCCCAGCUGAGCACGCAGCAGGCAAAUCCUUUGAGUGGCCUAUAAGACCCAGCUCCCGGGUCAGGGGCUUCAGAAGCACUGGUCGGGAAGUGUCUGCACCCUGUGCUAGGGUUGAGAGACAGAAUUCCAAGAAGGCUGAAGAUGCAUGCAGAGUCCAGCUGCAGGGGCUGCUCAGAGACACAGUGGGUGACACGGGGUACUAAGUGGGUGUAAUCACAGGGCCUCACUUCUGAAACCAGGAUACAGAGCGAAGCCACCUCAGCCAGAAGAGAAAUGAGAUGAAUCACCUGUCUAGGCUGAUCUCCUCCAUUGUAGGAGGUUAGGGUGGGUUGAUGGCAUCAUUGCCUGAGUCCUCUUCCCCCUCAACUGUGGUGAUAAGAGCUAUGUGGGCAGCUAGGAGCCAGGUACCAUGUUACAUCAUAGAGAGGUCAGCACCAUAGAGAAUUCCCCAGGAGAGGCAAGCCACCCUCUGUGAGCGUGCUUGGCACUGGCAGGAGGCUCCCUGAGGCUGCCCCUCCCCUGGCUAGGCUGGCAAGGGUCACACUGGCCCCUCCCAUCCUGCAGUCAGCAGAGAAGGAAACAAUAGCUUCUAGUGUCUGCCAUCAUCCAUGGAGCAGCCGAUGAAACAUCCUUAUCCCUCUGGAGGACUUCUUCAUUUACUGAAAGACUUCCUCUCCGGGAUGGUGCCAGCUUCCUGGCAUCUCUCCCAACAUGUGAUAUAAAUGAGAGGCCCAGACUGCCAACCAGGUCCAGGUAACAAGGACAAUGAACUAGUGUGGCCCCUUGUGUGACCCUACAGCCCCCAAAGCUUUGGGAAUUCCAAGUCAGUUUCUCCUGGGACAGAUGAAGAAGAUUAACCAGGGCCAGGAGCUGGAGUCUGCAGAUAAUAAAAUUCAAAGUUAAAAUAA